GGGCGGAGCGGAGCGAGCGCAGCGGCCGGGCCGGCGCGGCCAUGGGGAAGGUGCAGCUCUUCGAGAUCCGCCUGGGCGAGAGCCGCGUCGUGUACAGCCCCGGGGAGCCGCUGGCCGGCACCGUCACCGUGCGGCUCUCGGGCUCGCUGCAGUACCGAGCCAUCAAGGUGAGCUGCAUUGGGUCCUGUGGGGUGUCCAACAAGAUCAACGACACAGCCUGGACCGUGGAGGAGCAGUACUUCAACAGCACCCUGUCCCUGGCAGACAAAGGAGUCCUGACACCUGGAGAGCACAACUUUCCCUUCCAGUUCCUGCUGCCAGCCUCUGCUCCUACAUCAUUUGAAGGCCCUUUUGGCAAGGUCCUGCAUCAGGUGAAAGCUGUGAUAGACACACCUCGCUUCUCCAAGGACUACAAAUGCAACAAAAUCUUCUACGUUCUGUGCCCUCUCAACUUGAACGACAUCCCUGACAUCGAGCAGCCCAACACCAUGUCCAUCACCAAGAAGUUCAACUACAAGCUUGUGAAAAGUGGCAACAUCAUCCUGACGGCCACGUCGGACCUGAGGGGGUACAUCGUGGGACAGGCGAUCCAGCUCCGCACGGACAUCGAGAACAAAUCCGGCCGGGACACCGGCGCUGUGGUUGCCAGUCUGCUCCAGAAAGUGGCCUACAAAUCCAGGCGUUGGAUUUAUGACCUGAGGACCAUCGCGGAGGUGGAAGGCUCGGGAGUGAAAGCCUGGAAACACGCGGAAUGGAAGGAGCAGAUCCUGGUUCCAGCACUGCCCCAGUCCAUCCUGCAGGGCUGCAGCCUCAUACACAUCGACUACUACAUCCAAGUUUCCCUCAAGUCCCCAGAGGUUUCUGUCACUCUCCCCAUUUACAUUGGUAACAUUGCUGUGAACAGGGUCCCGCUGAGUCCCUCCCGCUCCAUCCAGCACAUCCCAUCUGCAGUGGUUCCCAGUGCCCCCCCGGAGGAAGAGGAGGCUGCCAGUGGAUAUCACCCCAUGGACAAUGUCUCCAUCCCCACCAAAAGCCAUUCCCAGCAGCAGCCCUUCAGCUACGCCCCAGGACUGAGCUUCCAGGAGAUCCGGGCGGACUCGGAGCAGACGGGCUCCCCAAACCACCCCACGCUCUGCCUGUCCACGGGAGCCACUGUCCCCUACUACGCUGAGGGGAACGUGGUGCCCGUGCCCACAGCCAGCUCCCUCAUCCUGCCUCCUGAGUACAGCACGUGGGGAUACCCCUACGAGGCACCUCCAUCCUAUGAGCAGAGCUGCAGCAGUGCCAACUCCAGCAUCAGCAAUGGCAACUAGCCCUCCCCUGCUCUGAGCCCUGCUGGUGCUGCCCACCCUGGUGCCAUGGGGCACCUGCCUGUGGCAAAGUCUGGUACAGCACAAGGCGUCUUCUUGUCUCUCUGGCUGCUUGGGAGGGGAACUGGCACAUCCCAGCCUGGGCUUUUUAAGGGAGAGGGUGAAAAAACCAAAAAAAGGGCAGCCAGAGCAGCCUGCAUGGGUGUAGGAGAGGUCUGGGAGACUGACCCGUGUCCUGCUGCUGCACCAGGUGCUGGAGAGCUGGCUGUGCCCCCGGGGUGCCCUGGGCAGCAGCCUGUUCCAGUACUGUAGUCAACACUAACUGCUUUACUAUCAAAGCACCCGCGUUGCCUUAUCUGAAAUGCUCCUGACUUGGCACAUCUCCACUGCAGGGGAGGCUGGGCUGGGUGGACUUUCUCUUCUCUUUUAGGGGCCAUAUGCUCUCCAGAAAUGGUUUUGACAGCCCUUCCUCCUUGUCCUCAUAGGUCCUUAAGGGUAGCAGGAGGUUUCUUGGAGUAAGCAGGUUUGGGAGGUCAGGGACUUUCAGAAAGCCAAAAGCACAAGCCCUCGCUGUACCCGUGUUGUGGGGUGAGUGACUGGCAGCCUUUGGCCCUGUGGCAGUGGGGAGCUCGUGGGGGCACUUGCUCAUAACCCAAGAGGCCCUGGUGGGCUGUGGGGGGAGAGCCUGGUGUUCCAUGGGGUGCCCACCACCCACCUUCUGCCCUUUUCCAGCAUGGAAAAGUUCCUGUCAGACACAGCCCAUCCUUGCUCCUGGCUCACUCCUGGCAUAACAGUGCUGGUCACUCUGCAUGUAGGGGAACCACAUCCUGUGUGCCCUGCAAGGUGCCCUCUCCUCCCAGGCCAGAAUGACACGAUGAUCAAGUUACAAGAGUCUGUCUGACGCUACCUCUGAGCCUGCCCAAGGGCCCCGCCCGCAAAACCCUUCCCUCUGGGACCACCCUCCGUGGGGGCUCAGCCUGGGAUCUCUGCAGGAGUGGUUGGCACUGCCCAGGCAGCACACGAGGGUGCUGGGCCAGGGCCUGCUCUGGUACUGAUUUACUGCCUGUCCCCUGAGCCCCAGCAGAGCGUGAGAGUGAGGAACAGGAGCGUGUGGGGACACAAACGGCUGUGCCUCGCUCGCAGCCUCCGCCGGACCCGGCAGCUCGGGGGGAGAAGCUGGUUUUUCUUUUCAUUUUUAUGCUUUUAUUCCCCCCCCUUGUUUAGCUUGCCUAGUAUUGCCUGCCCAAGCUGAGGAAACCACAUCGUUCAGAGCCACGGUCGCCCAGCCACGGCUGGAACUGCGGCCUCCAGACCUCUGGCACCUCAGAGCUGGUCCCCACAUGGCCCAGGCUGGGCAGGCAAUGUCUGACAGCCCUUUAGGAGCAUUUCCAGCUGCUGCCUCCUCGUUUCAGCCCACCUCUGCACACCCUGCAGGCAGCUGGGGCAGGCCCUGCUUUGCACUCUUUCUUUGCAAAUGCUUUUUAUUUUAUUUUGGGGUUUUUUUUAAGCGUUGAACUGCUUUAAGGAUAGUGUAGCGAAGGUGCCGUUCUGAGCAGUGCUGGCACAACAUGCACCGAUGCUGAGAGAGUGAUUGUCAUUGUCCCUGAGUAUAUAUAUAUACAUAUAUAUAUAUAUAUAUGAGAUGAAGUUUUGUUUUUAAUGAUUGAAUUCGUAAAUACAAAUUUUAACGCUGUAUUUAAUAAAUUAUUCUAAGAGAAGUGCUGUGCUUUUUUCAUCCAUUUCUGAUGCUUUUCCAUGUGCCUGUUCAUGCCAAAUCCAGGAAAUGCACCUUGCUGGUUUCUUACAAAAUGAAAUGAGUUUUUUUUGCUCUCACCAGGAAGGACAGUGACCUUUGCCAAGGCAGCCUGGGGAAAAUAAACGUGGUGUGUCCUGACUGCAGUGCCAGGCUUGUAGUUCCAGAUGGCUGCAGGGAGUUUGGCACCAUGUGGGCUUGGCUCUGGAGAGAGCAGCCACUGCACUGCUGCUUUCCCAUCCCUGUGUCCCAAAGCCAGGGCUGGGCUGGCAGAGAGGAAGGGGAGGGUGGACUCUCCCUUCAGGAGGAUGGAGGUGGCACUGCCAAGGUCUGCCUGGAAGGGCUGGAGACCAUCAGCCUAAAGAGCCAUUUGGAAUAAAUUUACUAAAAAUAGAAGAAGGCUCCUCCCCACACCCACCCUUUGGUGAUCCCAUGUCUGAAGCGUGUAGGUGUUGCCUAAAUGUUGUCAUCACAGGUAGCAUGGGGUGUGAUGUGUGUCUUGGACAUAUGGAUCCUUCUUCACUCUCUGCUCAGCUUAUGCUUCUGCCCAGUUUCCAUGGUUUAAGACUCGUCUUUGCCUGGUGGUGCUGCCAUGAGCAGCAUUCUGGAUGUGCAGGGGGUCAGAGGAAGGUACAGCUCUUCCCUGGGGCUCUUCCUCUCACUCAGUUGAACUGUCUUGCCUGGCUCAGCCUGUAGCUUUCCUUGCUGUUGCCUGUACCUAUCCCUCCUUUCAGGCCUCAACCCAAAUCCCUUCCACACCUCUGGAAAAAUUCCUGUGAGCUGUCCGUGCCUCUGGAGCUGCUGGGUUGGACUGCAGGCUCCUGACCCAGCCAGGCCCUGGGAAAGGCAGCCAGGGCCAGGCUGCUCCUUGUUCUCCAUGCCUGAAGCUGAGCUGCUGGUGAUGUGUCCAGCCCAUGUUCCUUGGCUGGAAAAUGGGAAUGGUGUUUGAUUACUGUGGCCAGACCCCCAGUCAGUGUUUGUGCUCCUUGUUUCAACUCUCUGUUGGGAAUGCGCCAUCCGUGGUGGAGGCUGUGGAGAGGAGAACCGGGCUGUGCCUCACCCACUCCCAUCUCUGCACUGCUCCCAUGCACCUCAGCUUGCUUUCCCAAAUUGUAUUUGCUACAAAUGGCCCUUGGGCACCUCUUGCUGUCCUCAUGGCAAAGCAAGGAGACUCCACAGAGUCCUCUUUGCAAAGCAAGGAGCAAGUGGGAACACUCGUCUUCACCAGUGAGGAAUGUCCAUCGCCACUGGCGGCUGUGGAGGGAGCAGGAAGGAGUUGGAACUACACCUCAUCCUUUCGGAUGCCAGGGCUGCUGCACAGCACAGACCCUGCAGAGAGGGGCCUCUGCCAGCCCUGGGAGGUGGCUCUGGCCAGGGUGCAGCAGGUUUAUCACCGUGAGUUUGCCCCAGAGCAGCCUCGGUGUUGUGCAAGUGAAGGGACACAACGGGCGAGAAGUUGUGGUUUCCAACACCCCUGCCCAGCCUUGCCUGUCCCUGCACUGCCCAGGGGAGGGAGGCUGGCACAGCCAGCCUUGUCCAUGGUUCAGGGAGCCCUUUGGGAUGGGCCAGGGCUGCAGGAUGGAGGAGUUAGCCCAGCCCUUCUUGAGCCCACCUGUUUCCCCAGGGCGCUGCGGCAACAAAUCCUUGGACAUAAGAGGGCUUUGGCUGAGCCCAGGGGAGCAAACCCCAAGGUUUGGGUUUGGCCACUCACCCAAUCCAGGGAGGAUCAAUCUCUCUCCCUUCUACCUCGCUGCCGUGUCCUCCUCCUGAAGUCCUGGGGAGCUCCCUUAGGCCCUUGGUCAUCCCUGUCUCCUCUUCCUGAACUCUGGCAUAAAGAAGAAAAAAAGCCCAUUUUUUGGAAACCAGCUCUGGGUAAAAAACUUCAGCAGUGGGGAGGAAUUAAUUCAAAUUCCUGGCUCAGAUUAUUCAAGCAAUUGUUUCUGGGUUUGUUUGAAAUGGGGAGGGGGAGCAGUGGGGGACAGGAGAAGCCUGUGAGUUAAUUAUUUCCAAACUCAGCAUUCAAUGGAAAAUACCAAAAAUAUCACCAGCCCUCUUCUUUUUUUUCUCCCUGCUGCUUCUUUUUUCUCCUUCAUGUUUUCAUUCUUCUCCUGCUCUCCACACGUUCCACCUCCAUAUAUUGGGCUUUUCCAGUGUGUUUUGUGUCCUACCAAAUUGUGCUUUGGCACCUGCUGUCCCACUGCCUGCAGGAGAUGGGGAAGGGGAGACAGGGGACAUGAAGGUUCUUCUUUCUCUUGGGUAAUGAUUCUUUUUUAGCUUCCCGCUGAACUUUCAGGAGUUUUGUAAAAGUCAAUAUUUUCUGCUAGGAAGUUUUCCUGUUGAGCCAGCACAAGAGAGGAGAUACAGGGUGUUCUGGGCUCCUUUUGGGUUUUAUUCUAUAUUUUAAAGUAUUUCCAACUAUCUGCGACAGGAAUGUCCCAUCCCUCCUCCCCGGGAGAGACUGGUGGGGUAAAACCCUUCAAACUUGUGCCCUUUCUUGCACCACUACUCGUGGCUAUAAUUCUUUAUUCCUGUGGUUCUCUUUGCAGAUUUUGGGGUUUUAUACAACAGUUUGUGACGGCUCUGUACAACCUAAGACUUCUGUGCAAUUUAUUACUGGGUUUUCCAAUGUAAACUCACAGUUUUCCACGUUUACCACGGCUUCUGGGGAAUAUUUUUUGUCCUGGGUUUUAAACCCCCAAAUGUAAAGAACUGAAAAAAUGUAAAUAAAGAUGAUCUUUUUUUUU